AUGGCCGCAGCUGACACCACCUUGCCUUCCAUCAGUACGCUGACUGCCCUAGGCCCCUUCCCAGACACACAAGAAGACUUCCUCAAGUGGUGGCGCUUUGAGGAGGUGCAGGACUUGGGCCCGGGUCCCCCGGACCUGACUCGGCAGCUCCCCCAUGUGAGGCCAAAGUCGGAGGACGCGCCUGGGAAGGAAGAAGACAACGAUAGGGACCCGGCCACUGCCUGGGACCUGGAUCUCUUCUUUACCAACCUGCCGGGUCCAGAGUCGAGCAGCCUGCCUCAGCCCUGCGCUCUGGCGCCGGACGAAGGUCCGGGAACGCAAUUCUCACCGCAGCCCGAGACCCUGGGAGCAUACGCGGGCGGCCCGGGGCUGGUGGCUGGGCUCUUGGGUCCCGAUGAGCACCAGGGUUGGGCGCGCCCGGCCCCACGAGCCCCAGCCCCCGACGCCUUCGUGAGCUCAGCCCUGGUCCCCGCUCCCGAGCCCAAGGCGCUGCCGCUGCAGCCAGUGUACCCGGGGCCGGGUGCGGGCUCCUCCGGCAGCUACUUUCCGCGGAACGGGCUUUCAGUGCCUGCGGCGCCCGGCGCCCCCUAUGGGCUGCUACCCGGGUACCCAGCAUUGUACCCAGCCCCGCAGUACCAAGGGCACUUCCAGCUCUUCCGCGGGCUCCCGGCUCCCGCACCCAGCUCCGCCGCGCCCCCCUCCUUCUUGAAUUGUCUGGGACCCGGAACAGCGGGUGCGGGACUUGGAACCGCAGGAGACCCAAGAGGGACCGCGGAGACCGUGCCAUCCAAACGCAGCCGGCGCUCGUGGGCGCGCAAGAGGCAGGCGGCGCACACGUGCACGCACCCGGGCUGCGGCAAGAGCUACACCAAGAGCUCGCACCUGAAGGCGCACCUCCGGACGCACACAGGGGAGAAGCCAUAUGCCUGCACAUGGGACGGCUGCGGCUGGCGGUUUGCGCGCUCGGACGAGCUGACCCGUCACUACAGGAAACAUACCGGACAGCGCCCCUUCCGCUGCCAGCUCUGCCCUCGCGCUUUUUCACGCUCUGAUCACCUGGCUUUGCACAUGAAGCGUCAUCUUUGAGCCACCCCCCUACCCCCUCGCCCCCAGCACUUGGACCUUCCUGGGGACUGGGGAUGGAACGAGCAGAUAUAUGCAGGGUGGUUUUCCCUCGGAUGGACCCUCACCCGGACACUCCAUCCCACAGAUCCCCAGAAAGAUCAAGGACUGGCCCAUAGACCCCGGGGAGCCUCCAACGGAAGCUCUCACAUGUCCUCAGCCGGAGGGAACCACCCAGAGACUUCCUAGGGUCACGCAGACCCAAAGAGACAGACCUUCAAAUAAAUGAACUCAGAUGGACGCUCAAACACUUCGGAGAGACAGACCCUCAGAAAGCUGGACACUCAGACCAGCUCACAGGCAGCCCUGAACAGCGGGAGGGGUUAUGGGACGAGGCUUUUCAGAGACCCUGGGUCUAGAAGGGGUCUUCACACUGUAACUUCUGAAGCUCCGCGUAGUGGCUGGCAUCUGCUGUGAAUGGUUAUGGGUCCGGUACCAAUGCCCCUCCUAGAUAAAGCUUCAGCUGUGGCCUGA